UCAUAUUUAUCACACCCUCCCAGAUUCCCACAUGCUUACAAGGGGCUCAUUCUUUUCUCCAGCUGUAGGAAACCCAGCGGUGCCUCCCGCUGAAUACCUGAGCGCAGCGCUUGUUUUUCAUGGGAUGUGGAUGAAGGCACCUAUUUCCGGGGACUUUCCCUGAACAACACUGAAAUGUGACGCUUUCCUCAUUCCGUUUAAGUACUGAUCCAGCCGAACCGGACAUCUCCCUUUCCAUUUUUUGAAUAUCUUGCCCCAUUCGCUUUAGAUCCAGGCUGGACGGACCCGGAUCGUGCGCGCUGCGGGGUCUCGUGGGAUUGCGCGUUUAGAGAGGAUCUUAGAUCCCGUGUUUCCUGUUCUUCUGCACGGGAAGAGGGCCGGGCAGAUGAGUAUGAGGCUUGCAAACAUCUCCCUUUGGUCAGAACCAACCCGAACCGACUUCACUUGAAUGGUAAAGGGAUCGACUCUGGACUGGAUCCGGGUGAUGUGGCAGAUUCUGGAGGCUGAACGCUGAAUCCUUUCCUCAAGACGGCCAGUGAAGAUGGGUCCUACUUGUUCAAUGUGUAUCUCAUUAGACUGGCGUCCAGUUUGAUUAACAUCAUCAGUGAUGUAGUCAGCCUGGUCAUCUGCGUCCUCAUCAUCUGCACCAAGUACUCGCAUCUGCUCAAGAAGGAGACCGUGAAGAUGAUCCUCCUGCGUAAAUUCCGGGUCCUGAUCCUCAUGGUGUUCCUGGUGGCCUGCUCCAUGCACAUCAUGAUCGACCUGUUACCCAAGCUGGAGCGCCAGGGCACCGCCGGCUGCUCCUGCGCGCACACGCCGAGCGAAGAGCCGGUCCGCAGCUGGGCCAAGCAGAGCUGGCCCAACAAGCACACCCUGCGGAUCCUCCAGGACUUCAGCAGCGAGCCCAGCUCCAACGCGUCCUCCCGCUCCUUGGAUCGGAUCCCUGCUGACAGGGCGCCCGGUCCGCAGCUGCCCGGUCAGCGCGUCGACAGGAAGCGAGCCUUCAUCCAGGAGGCAGGGGUGGCCCACAGGAGACCGGCCAAAGGUUCCAGGCUGUCUGCUCUGUUUGAGCAUCCCUUCUAUAGAAGAUCUCUGCCGCCUCUGACGGAUGAAGACACGCUGUUCAACGUCAACACGGACAUCAGAUUUGACCCCAAAGCUGCGGAGGACCAGGCAUGGACCGGGGAAGGUACAGAUGAUGAGUUCAGUCCCACAGGGGAGCUGACGCCUGAGUCCUACCCCAACUGGCUCCGCUUCCACAUUGGGAUUAACCGCUAUGAGCUGUACUCCCGACACAACCCGGUCAUCGACGCUCUCCUUAAAGAUCUGGCGACGCAGAAGAUCACCAGCGUCGCUAUGAAGUCUGGAGGCACUCAGCUGAAGCUCAUCAUGACCUUCCAGAACUACGGCCAGGCGCUGUUCAAGCCGAUGAAGCAAACCCGGCAGCAGGAAACCCCGCCAGACUUCUUCUACUUCUCUGACUUCGAAAGACACAACGCAGAGAUCGCUGCCUUUCAUCUGGACAAGAUCCUGGAUUUCCGGCGCGUCCCACCUGUUGCUGGCAGGCUGGUCAACAUGACAAAGGAGAUCAGAGACGUUACCCGAGACAAGAAGCUGUGGAGGACCUUCUUCAUCUCUCCAGCCAACAAUGUGUGUUUCUACGGUGAGUGCUCGUACUACUGCUCCACCGAGCACGCUCUGUGCGGGAAACCAGACCAGAUAGAGGGAUCCCUGGCUGCCUUCCUUCCAGACCUGGCCCUCGCCAAGCGCAAGACCUGGAGGAACCCAUGGAGGCGCUCCUACCACAAACGCAAGAAGGCUGAAUGGGAGGUGGAUCCAGAUUACUGCGAGGAGGUGAAACAGACUCCACCAUAUGACAGUGGCACACGGCUGCUGGACGUCAUGGACAUGACCAUCUUUGACUUCCUCAUGGGGAACAUGGAUCGACAUCACUAUGAGACAUUUGAAAAGUUUGGAAACGAGACAUUCAUCAUCCACCUGGACAAUGGCAGAGGUUUUGGAAAACACUCUCAUGAUGAGAUGUCCAUCCUGGUGCCACUUGUGCAGUGCUGCAGGGUGAAAAAGUCGACCCAUCUGCGCCUGCAGCUGUUGGCAAAGGAGGAGUACAAGCUGUCAGUUCUCAUGGCAGAAUCCAUGACGAGGGACCGGCUCGACCCCAUCCUCAUCCAGCCUCAUCUGGACGCCAUGGAUCGACGUUUGCGCCUGGUGCUGAAUACUCUGUCGGAGUGCAUCGACAAGGAGGGCUACAGCUACGUGGUGGAGGACGACCUCCAGGAAGACCUAGGGGCCGACCACACACACAGUGACCCCAGAAGGAGGUAGCCAGGGGGUCGAUGCCUGGAUUGGACUGACUCCCAUGAGAAAUGAGACUUGACACUUAUCUGAAUCCGUCUGUUGGUGAAAAGUAGCAGGCAGACCUCUACUUGAGGGGAAAUUCAGCUGUCAGACACACAGACAAUGCAAAGACUUUUUUAAACUGGACCUGGAUGGAUCAGAGAAACAACCUUAAGCGUGGACUUCUUCAGACAGAUGAGUUCAGUAUAAAUCACCAACAAGGACCCAGGAAGGAGGCAGCUUGUGGCUCAUGGACCCUUAUGUUUGAAUUCAGUGAAUUCUGAGGGCCCCUUUAAAAACAGCCCUCCUAAUUCUUCCUGAACUAAUCGGUAUAAGAGGAGGUGGAGCUGAAACUGGAUCAAAAUGAAGUUUUACUAAUUUCUUUUGUAAAAUAUUUUGUUGCUUAGUUUCUUUUUUUAAAUUUUUAUUUCAGCUAAUCGGUUCCAGCCUCUUGUUAGAGGUUGUUGUUGGAGUACAGGUUUACUCCUGGAUCAUUUUGUUCAUAAACUUCUACUGGAGAGAGUAUUUAUUAAAAUUCUUAUUUAUUUGCCUCCCCACCAAAAAGGGAAAAAAAAAGUUUUUAAAGAAAAAGGAAGUGAAAUAAUUUUCAACAGAAUAGUGCACUUCUCUGUUUCUCCACAAGAGGGCGUGCAACAACCUAGUUUCUGGUAAUGGUGGUUCUGCCCUUUGUCUUGUCAGCAUUUAAUCAGUUUCCAGCAGCUGUUUUAUCUCUUUCUCUUCAGAUGUCAGGGUAGAUUUAAGCCAAAUGUGACACUAAUUAUUAUUACAAUGAUGAUUAUUUUUGGUUUGUAAUGUAUUUGAUGUGCUGAUGUUGCUGUUGUGGAGAGAUAAUCUUUCAGGAUGUAAAUUUCCUUCAACAGCUUCUAUCUGAGCUGUUGUCAAUGAUUCAGUCACUGGCUGAAAGUUAAUAUAUACAGUAGGAAAAUCUAGUGCCUGUGCAAUGAUAGAAAUACUUGAAUGUGUGGUUUCAUAGCGGGGUGGGAGGGUGCAAACUGUAGAGCUCUUCAUAAGUGUCUGUGCUGAACAAGGCGGAUUCCUAAAGCUUUUAUUAUCUACUUCCUGUGGUCCUGUCUGUGUCAGGGCAGAACGGAGGAUGGGGGUGUGUGGGAAUCCAUGAAGACCGUGGUUCUAAAUUAAAAAAGACAAAAAAAAGCUUCUUUCUUUUAUUGAAUCAUUGUUUUUGUUUUUUUUUCUUUUAUUUCUUUGCAUCAUGGUAACAGUGCAAUAAAACUAAAUCAGCAUAAUCUUGUGUGAG